ACGAGCCACACUCGGCACGUCGGCCUCUCGGACCCGCUGCUCGCAGGGGGCAGCUACGAGAUUUCCGAGCCCGCCAGCUGUGGCCUCUCCCUCCACAGGCACACAGGGCCGAAGGGAGAGGGAGGCAGGAAGACCUGAGUUCAAAUCCUGUCUAAGACGCUUUUUGGCCGGAGUGACUCUGGGCAAAUCACCUCGCCUCUCUGCGUGCCUGCUCCUGGCCUCAGCAAUCUCCAAGCGCCCCGGAGGGCUCUGUGCCCAGGCAGGAUCCCAUGUCUCCCGCUAAAACGCAGCACUAGCCCUGGAUGGUCGGUUUCUAAGCCCGCUCUGGUCCAAACAGCUCGAAAGCCCCGGGCUGAGCGGUAGCUAUGGAUACCCAGGAUUAAUUGGCUCAGGGACUACGUUGUCCCGCCUUCCCACGCUCUGCGUCCCUUGCAGGCGGGACUUUGAGGCGGCGGCCGGUGGGAAGAGGGCCGGCUGUCCCGGAGUUUUCUGGGAUUUGUAGUCCAGCGUGUCUCUGAGCGCAGGCGCACUACGGUCCCUGAGUCUCGGCUGGGCGACCAGGCGCGUCCGCCAUUUCAAGCUUUGUCCGAGUGGCCGUCCGUCCGCCACCGCUUCUUCCUCGCGACCCAGACAAAGGCUUUUCUAUCAGGUAUGGGCGAACUUCAACGUCCCAGGCCUACUGUUUCCCGGGCUGGAUCUAAGAGACGGGGAGGGACGAAGACUGUUUCGAAUGGCGGGAAAAUACAGAUCCUGGUGACGUCAUCGGUUGCUAGGGCCCUCCGGGCAGAAUGUAGAGCAGCUGCCGAGCCCCAGAUGAACCGAUUGCCCGGUGGCCCCCCCUGCCCAUCAGCCCCCUCGUGCCUCUUCCCCGGCAGGUUUGGGGGGCCCAAACAGGAAAUGUCAGUUUUGUUGGCAGAGGUCUCGGGGUGUCCCCGGCCUGCUGCCGCACCCCCUUGACGGUCGGGGACCCCGCGGAGGACCGGAUGCUGGAGGAGGGAGGUGAGAAGGGUGCAGGGUCCUGGGUCCGAGGCCUCGUGGCAGCCUCUGAUCAACCCUCGCCUCUUCCCCCAGCACUAGCCGCGGGAGCCGUGGCCCCCCUCCGUCCUGAAGCAGAGGCAAGGGGGGAGGAGCUCCCGGGCCUUCACGGGUUCUCCCCGCCCCCUUCCUGCUCCUCCCCCAUUCAGGUGCCGUCGGGCCUCCCCUGUGGCUGAGGCGCCCCAGCAUGCGCAUGCGCGGCAGCCCACAUCCUCCAGCAUCCUCCUGCCGGGACUAGAACCACAGAACCACUUAGAGACCAAGCGCACUGUGCCAGCUGGCCAGAGCGGGAGGGGACACGGGGAGCCGCUAGUUCUGGGCCCGGCCUCCAGCAGGGUCUCCGCGGGUGCCCCUGGAAGUGCCCCCAGCCCUGGCCCUAGCGGGCACCGGCCUCUUGGGGAGACCCUGUGGGUGUGCCGUGCCGGCCGCCAUUCAGACUUGGAGAGGCCGGCCCUUCCCCCAUCCCACCGGAGGGAGGCGGAGCCCGAGGGCUCUCCGCAGGGCUCGCUGGCCUCUGGGUGGCGCCCUCUGUUGGCUUCCCCAGGCCCCGUGAUGGGAAUCGCCAGGCUUCUCCCAGGAUCUGCUGCAUGUUGACCGGGGAGGAGGAGCCUGGGUGGAAAGAGGGCCCGGCCAGCCCUCCCCGCCCCACAGCCAUGAAGGCCGCCUCCAAGGGGCAGCUUCACACCGGAACUUUCCAGCAGGAGAAGAGCGGGCCAGCCUCGGAGGGAGGGCCUGGCUUCUGGGCACACGUCCGUGUUGUCUGGGGAGGCUUUGCUGACUCCUCUCCCAUGUCAGAGGUAAAGGAGCCCAUCGCAGACAAUGACUCAUCCCAGGACCUGUUGCAAGAGGAAGAAAGAAAGCGAGAGAGCGAGUUGAAGAGGCUUGUGAGGCCAGUGCCUGCCCGCCACCUUCAUCCUAGGGAGAAAAGGGAAUGCGGUGCGUGUGGGAAAGCCUUCCUCAGCCACUCGAACCUUGUCGUGGCUCAGGGCGUUCCUGGCAGAGAGAGAACGUAUAGAUGUCAUUCAUGUAUGAUGGCCCCAUCACAGAGUUCUCACCUCAUCCCCAAUCAGAGAAUCUGCACUAGACAGAAGUCCUACAAAUGCAGCGAAUGUGGCAGAAGUUUUAGUCGUCAUUCACACCUCAUACAACAUCAGAGGAUUCACACAGGAGAGAAGCCUUAUCAGUGUGAGGAGUGCGGGAAAGCCUUCAGUCAGUGUUCACACCUUAUUAAGCACCAGAGGAUUCAUACUAGAGAGAAGCUGUGUCCCUGCGGUGCAUGUGGGAAAGCCUGGAACAAUCAGAGGAUGAACCCUGCAGAUAUGCCUUAUCAUUGCGGCGAGUGUGGGAAGGCCUUGGGUUGCCACUCAGACUUCCUGAAGCAUCAGAAGAGUCACACUGGAGAGAAGCCUCAUCAGUGUCGUGAAUGUGGGAAAGCCUUCAGUCACUGCUCACACCUUAUUGUUCAUGAGAGGAUUCACACAGGAGAGAAACCCUAUAAAUGUAAUGAGUGUGAGAAAGCCUUCACUCAGUUCUCAAACCUCAUUCAGCAUCAGAAGAUUCAUACUGGAGAGAAGCCUUUUCGGUGCAACGAAUGCGGGAAAUCUUUUAGUCGACACUCCCACCUUACUCAGCAUCAGAGAAUUCAUACUGGAGAGAAGCCUUACCAAUGUCAAGAAUGUGGCAAGGCCUUCAGUAACCGCUCUCACCUUAUUCAACAUCAGCGAGUUCAUACAGGAGAGAAAUCUUAUCAGUGUAAUGAAUGUGGGAAAGCCUUCAGUCACUGCUCCCACCUUAUUGUCCAUGAGAGGAUUCACACUGGACAGAAGCCUUAUCCGUGUAAUGAAUGUGGGAUAGCCUUCAGUCAGUGCUCAAACCUUGUGAAACAUCAGAGGAUUCAUACCAGAGAGAAACCUUAUCAAAAUAACGAGUGUGUAAAAACCAUCAGUCACCGCCCGUACCUUAUUAAACAUCAGAAAGCCUUCAUUCAGAACACGCCUCUUUCUCAGAGGGUUCAUACCCAGUUAGAAACCUAGUUGUUUCUAAUUUAAUUGAACUGUUUCUGAAUUCUAAUCUGAGGCUUCAUCAUGGAAUAGAGGUGACCACAGGCUCUUGAUCUCUAUGGCAUAAGGACACACACUUGGGGAGGUUCUACCAUGCUGUAAAGGCUUCAGAUAUGGUCCAAGCAAGAGACUGUGAUUGCUUCAAAUAGGCAGCCUAGACAUCUAGAAGCUUGUUACUAUUCAUUGGCGAUGAUUUCUUUGACCUUGGCAACCUAUGAAAUCAAGCAAAAUACAAACUGGCCCCUGGGCCUAUAUAGCCUUGAAUUCUGAGAUGUUGGUGACUGUCAGAAAAGGGGAUCUCAGAGGGUCCCAAGGAUCACCACGUUGAACCUUUUUAUAGUUUAACUUACCUCUAAUUGAGUUCUUUAUCUAAUGACCAAGAAGUGGACACACCACUGGAAGAACUGAAGAGUAUCUGUUUCAAUGUGGUCACUUUAUAUAUGAAACCAAAAGACAAAAGGGAGUUGCAGCUCUUAGAAGGAUGGCUCAGUUUCUUUGAAGAGAGGUCAAUGUAGAAGUCAGUAAAUUGCUCUUACCAUGUAUCUGAAGGCACCAAGGAAUAUUUUCUGAACUAUUUGGACUUCUCAUAUUUCUCUGAUAAUGAGAAUUAAAAAAAAAAAAGACCAUUGUGAAAUUUAUUUCAACUUAGUUACCAACAUUAAUUACAGAGAAUUAAGUGGGAGAAAAAUUCUACAAACACCUCAAGAAGACCCUCUAGAUUAAAUCAGCUCAUACUUUAGCUAUCCAGUGCUUUGAGUGUAAAAGUGGGACUAGGCAAGGAUAGAGAAAAAUAUGUUGGGAAAUGUGGUCCAGGAGAUUAAGGUGAGAGAAGCCAAGGAUGUGAGGACUAUACAGAAUGUUCAGGCCUAUAUAUACACCUCAUUAAUAUCAAAAUCACAGAAAAACUCAAGGGCUUUAUUAUUCCUGGAAAUGGUGAUAGCAUCAAUUGCUAUUUCAUCAUGCCUAUUUUCCUGUUAUGUAAUAUAUAUAUAUAUAUAUAUAUAUAUAUAUAUAUAAAAGAAUCCAUGAACUCAAGAAGGCUAUUCUUUGUAAUAGUAUUAAAAGGGAGAAGGCAAGGUGUUGUAAAUUAUACUUCACAAUAAACCACAUCUUUAUCACAUUAGGGACUGAAAAACGAGUAAUUCCAACGUUCUUCAUUAUUAUUUUGGGAAGCAUUUGAUUUUAGGAUAGUAAAAUACUGCCUUAAAGGCUUUCCUCCAGUGUAUCUUUGAAACAUGUCUCAAAAUCCUGUACGAUUCCUUGAAAGAUGAAACAGAAGUGAUGAUGAUCAAUAAACCUGUGACCAAUGAUAUGAAACAGAGAUAUGAGCUUGCAAGCUUCUCACCCUUGGGAAAACCAUUGGAAGACAUGGACCAGGUGUGCGUUGUGAUCUCUAUCCUUUGAGGGAAAAUUACUUCAGUAUGUUGACAUUCAUUGGUGUCAUGAGUUUAUUGUUUUGCAUUAAAUAUACUGCCAUUAAGCAACAUAA